UUUUUUUUUUUUGUUUGGUUGUAGCUUAGAACUCUCUGCCAUAAAUCAGCUACUUAUGAAGUUUCGACCUAGCUCAACCACUAGUGUUUGGUUUAACCCGGAAACAGGUAUCGCUGAUCGUGUUGGUGGUUCAGAACAGUACGUUGGUGUUGAUGAUGCGUUACUCGCGAAUUGUGCAAAAGCCCGGUCAAUCCAUGUAUAUCGCUUCAACCGCGGUUUUUCUCGCCGAAGUCUUGAAAAUUAUCGCCUGUCUAGCCGUUAUGCGAUACCAGCAACGAUCAUGGGAAGGGUUUACUUUAAUGGUGCGCCACGAAAUUCUCGGCAAACCCAAAGAAACCCUAAAAAUGCUUAUUCCGUCCGGUCUGUAUGCGCUCCAAAACAAUUUGUUAUACGUAGCCCUGAGCAACCUGGAAGCGGCCACGUUUCAAGUCACCUACCAAAUGAAAAUCUUGUCCACAGCCAUCUUCUCGGUCGUGCUUUUAGGAAGGUCGCUGAAUCGCGAUAAAUGGUGUGCGUUGGUCCUCUUGAUGAUUGGCGUUACCAUGGUCCAAUCGCAAAGCAUGUCGUCAGCCGCGCCGCCUGAACCGGUCGCCUCGGAAACCGAUGGCGACAUGCCUUUGGACCAGCCGCUCGUAUUAGCCGUACAAAAUCCGUUUAUUGGUCUCGUUGCCGUCAUCACCAGCUGCAUUUCGUCUGGAUUCGCCGGUUGUUAUUUCGAAAAAAUCCUGAAAACAUCAGACACCUCCAUGUGGGUUCGCAAUAUUCAGUUGGGCAUUUCGGGUGCUUUUUUCUCCUUCGUGGGAAUGGUAAUGUACGAUUCACAAGCGUUGCGUGAAGGUGGAUUGCUUCAAGGCUAUGACUGGCUCACCUGGGUCGUCGUUGCCAAUCAAGCCCUGGGAGGUCUUCUCGUGGCCAUUGUAGUGAAAUAUGCGGAUAACAUUCUGAAAGGGUUCGCCACCAGCUUGUCCAUCAUUGUAUCGGGGAUUAUCAGCUUUUAUCUGUUCAACUUUCAACCUACGAUGCCAUUUGUGUUGGGAGCCGCCAUCGUCAUGGUUUCCUCUUACCUUUAUGGUAUCGAUUUCUCCAAAAAGAUGUCGGCUAUCAAACCUCACUGAUGAGCCGCCCCACUUCUUAUUUAUUCUCGUGUUUUGCUUUAUUCCUUCAUUCUCAUCAUUCUAUGUAUCUUGCAUUUAUUGGGCUUUACUUGCUUUUUUCUUUUUCACUUAUUUUCUAUUGUUUUAGAGCAGAAUGGGUUUUUGUUAUGUAUAGGAAGCUCGUGCUGGUUUUCCUUGCUUUUUCCUGUCGUUGUUUGUCUUUAUAUUUUAUUACUUUUUCUUUCCUUAAUUUUCUUUGUUUUAUAUGUAUUUUUACUUAUAUCACCUACAAUCAUCGUCUAAUGAACAAUAAUCCUUUCUAUAGUCUAUCUCACGCACUUGAAAACAAAAAAAUCAAGACAAUACAACACGAACCAGAUCAUGCUGUUCAUUUUAUUGCCC